AUGGAAGGCCUCACUGCCUUUACCAGUGAGGAGGAGGUCCUGGAUGGGUACCAGGUCCUCAGGGUCCUCGGCCAGGGCGGUUUUGGGCUGGUGAAACUGGCCUAUCAUUGGGAAAGCAGGACCCAGGUGGCUGUGAAGGUUGUGGAGAAUGGGGGCCAGCACUCCUGCGGCUUCCAGCAGUUGUGUGCAGAAGCAGAAAUCAUGAGGGGGCUGCACCACCCUCACAUCAUUAAGCUACUGCAGGUCAGGCACACGGCAGAGAGGGGCUACAUCUUCAUGGAGUGUGCGGUCAGGGGGGACCUUAGAGGUUACAUGGUAGAACGAGGCUACCUUCUAGAUGGAGAGAUUCGCCAGCUGUUGACGCAGACCCUAUUAGCUGUGCACUACUGCCAUGCGCAGCACGUUGUGCACAGGGAUUUGAAGUUAGAAAACCUGCUUCUCGACGCCAACCUAAACAUUAAGCUGAGCGACUUUGGUCUCAGCUGCAAACUGGCGGAUGGAGAGCGCCUGAGGAAUCUCUGCGGGACCUUUCCAUACUGUGCACCUGAGGAAUUCUUAGGUGAGGAGUUCUGCGGGUACAAGGCUGACAUCUGGAGCGUGGGUGUGAUCCUGUACGCCAUGGUAGCAGGGGCACUCCCUUUUGUCGGAGAGGAUUUUGUGGAGCUGCAGGCAGCCAUCCUGUGUGGAUACUACAGAAUCCCCCACUAUGGAAACCCAGAGCUGUGUAACCUGGUGGACAGAAGUCCUGGAUGUGAAACUAACCCAGAGUGGACGCUGAAGCUCAUCUUCCAAGCAGUCUUCAAUUUCUGGAGACUGCACGGCUUCCUGCUCAACGCCAGCUGGGCCUUCAUCCUGGAGAGGAGCAACUGGGCGUUGAGGGCAUUGGGGCCUGGCACUGGAAAGCUGCGAUGGGAGGCAGCCCAGGCCCUGGAAGGACACCCCAGCCCCGAGCUCACCACGGCCCCCAGCACUGCACUCUCAGAACACCACAGCCCCCAGCUCACCACGGUCCCCACACUGUGCUCCACCACGGCCCCCAGCUCACCACAGCCCCAGCACUGCACACUCAGGACACCACGGCCCCCGAGCUCACCACGGCCCCCGCACUGUGCUCCACCAUGGCCCCCAGCUCACCACAGCCCCAGCACAGCGCUCUCAGGACACCACAGCCCCUGA